AUGGAGAGCACGGAGCAGCCGAGAAGCGUUUCGGGAUCGAUGCAGAGCCCUAGAUCUCCGCCUUCUCAGCCGUAUUUGUCAGUCUCCGUCACCGAUCCUGUCAAAUUAGGCAAUGGCGUUCAAUCUUACAUCUCUUACAGAGUCGUCACCAAGACCAACUUCCCGGAGUAUCAAGGACCCGAGAAGAUCGUUAUCAGAAGAUACAGUGAUUUCGUCUGGUUGCGGGAUCGGCUUUCUGAGAAAUUCAAGGGCAUUUUCAUUCCUCCUCUCCCAGAGAAGAGUGCUGUAGAAAAAUUCCGGUUCAGUGCCGAAUUCAUUGAAAUGAGGCGAGCAGCAUUGGAUAUAUUUGUAAAUCGGAUAGCAUUACACCCUGAGCUUCAGCAGAGUGAGGAUCUUAGGACCUUUUUGCAAGCAGAUGAAGAGACAAUGGAAAGAUUCAGGUUUCAGGAAACUGGUAUAUUCAUGAAGAAGCCUGCUGAUCUAAUGCAAAUGUUUAGGGAUGUGCAAUCAAAAGUUAGUGAUGCUGUCCUCGGGAAGGAAAAACCUGUGGAAGAAACUACUCCUGAAUAUGAGAAGCUUAAACACUACAUCUUCGAGCUUGAGAACCACUUAGCUGAGGCUCAGAAGCAUGCAUAUCGCCUCGUCAAGAGGCAUAGAGAGUUGGGUCAGUCACUGUUGGAUUUUGGCAAGGCUGUAAAACUUCUUGGGGCUUGCGAGGGUGAACCUACAGGCAAAGCAUUUUCAGAUCUUGGAACUAAAUCCGAGCUGUUAUCGAUCAAGCUCCAGAAAGAGGCUCAACAAGUCCUGAUGAACUUUGAGGAACCCUUGAAGGACUAUGUUCGUUAUGUGCAAUCGAUUAAGGCCACCAUAGCAGAACGAGGCACUGCUUUCAGGCAACAUUGUGAAUUGGCAGAAACAACAAAGUUAAAGGAAAUAAACCUUGACAAACUAAUGCUCACACGUUCCGACAAAGUAGGAGAAGCUGAGAUCGAAUACAGAGAGACGAAAGCAGAAAGUGAGGAAGCUACACGAAGAUUUGAGAUGAUAGUGAGGAGAAUGAAUGAAGAGAUAGUGAGGUUCCAAGAAGAGAAGACGGAAGAGAUGGGAGUAGCGUUCCAUCAGUUUGCAAAAGGACAAGCUCGCUUAGCAAACGGCAUUGCUGAUGCCUGGAGAGCUCUUCUUCCCAAACUCGAAUCUGCUUCUUCUGUUUAA